AUGUCGACUACUAAAGAAUUAUGCUCGGCUCAAAGUGAUGAGAGUGGAUGCACCUCUCUCUAUCGAGGGAGCAAAGAAGGAGAAUCUAUUGUUGGUCUUGCCGCUGAACCUGACAAUGCUGCUUCACUGCCACCACUACUCUGGUCCAAGGUCAGGGCAUAUGGACGUGAUGCAUUCUCUGAGUUCUUCGGUACCAUGAUCUUGAUCCUCUUCGGCGAUGGUGUCGUCGCGCAAGUCCUUCUUAGCCAUGAUGAGAAGGGAAACUAUCAAUCGAUAUCCUGGGGCUGGGGGGUUCUGACACCAGCCACCCACAGACUGGGCGUCAUGCUCGGAGUGUACGUUAGCGGAUCCUCAGGCUCGCAUAUCAACCCAGCCGUGACAUUCGCAAACUGCGUUUUCAGAGGGUUCCCCUGGCGCAAGCUUCCCAUAUACGCCCUAUCUCAGAUUCUCGGUGCCAUGUGUGGGGCUGCAAUCGUAUAUGGAAAUUACAAAUCUGCCAUCGACGUCUACGAAGGCGGUCCCAAUAUUCGCACUGUUCCUGGAUAUUCGACUACAGCUACUGCAGGUAUAUUUUGUACUUAUCCAGCAGAAUUUAUGACCAAGACAGGGCAAUUCUUCUCAGAGUUCCUGGCGAGUGCUAUCUUGAUGUUCAUGAUCUUUGCACUCAAGGACGAUAACAACCUCGGUGCAGGCCAUCUCACGCCCUUGGCCCUAUUUUUUGUGAUAUUCGGUAUCGGUGCGUGCUUUGGCUGGGAAACUGGUUACGCAAUUAACCUAGCCCGAGACUUCGGUCCCAGAAUCGUCUCCUACAUGCUUGGCUACGGGCAUGAGGUGUGGGAAGCGGGAAACUAUUAUUUCUGGGUCCCUAUGGUUGCUCCAUUCCUGGGCUGUACAUUCGGCGCCUGGGUAUACGAUCUAUUCCUGUAUACCGGGCUAGACAGUCCGAUUAACACGCCCUGGAUGGGAAUUAAGCGGUUAAUUGGACCCUUGCACAGGAAACGAGUAACGCUUCAAAGCCCAGUGUGA